AUGGUCAAGCCCGGCAAGCUCCUCCCGCCUGACCCUCGACCAUGGACAGCAGAUCCCGAGAGCCGCAAGGCACGGAAGAACGUGGAGAAAGAGAACGGUGGCUUCGACUGGGGCCAGGCAAUCGCUCUUGGCUUUAUCGGCGCCACUGUAGUUUUUGGUAUCGACAAGUCUCUCAGGAAAUGCGAAGAGAAGCACGAGGAUGAAGGCAAACAUGAUGACAGACGCCGGCAGCGGACUCGGGACUCCCGAUCUCGGGUUGGGUGGAGCAACCAGAGUGUGGCUGGCUCCACGAGGGCCUCUACGAGAGGUCGUGGAUACGACCGGGAUGAUAGGGAUUACUACUACGACGAUGACCGAGAUUAUUGGGAUCGGAGUCGCGAAGAAAGAGAGGCUAUUCGAGCUGCGAGGGACUACAGCCGCGAGCCUGCUCGCGCACCCGAGUCGAUCAGCGGGCUGGAGCCCAGGGGCGGCCGUGACUAUGAUCGCGACUACGAUCGCGAAUAUGCCCGUGCCGCCGACCAGUUUGAUCGGGAUUAUGGAUACGGCCGGCGGUAUGACGACCAUAGACGCAGCCGGAGCAACCCUGCUUCGCGAUCGAGGGAGUACUCAAACUGGUGA